CUAACAGCAAGGCGAAGGGAGCUAUCGCGGUCGGAGCUGUUUGCCUAUUCGUGGGUGCAGUGCUCUACCCUGUCGCGUUUGCUCCGCUCCAGAGCAGAGAAGUGAAGGAAUAUCGCGAAGCUGAGCCUGGCUUCAAGAAGCAAGGCAUGUGGAAGGCAAUCGAGGAGUACCGAAGAUAAAGGAUAUUAACUUUUCCGCCGACUCUUCGCUUUGCCUCAUUGUUGAUCGUGUCCACGCCGUCCAUGUCCCGCGGCGCCGUGACUGGACUGCGGGGCUUCGCUCGCCUGACCACCAACCAAUGGGGCACCUCCUCCGCCGCCGCCUCCUCCGAUAAGCAACUCUUCCCCCGUCAGGCUGCUGCUGCUGCUGCUGCUGCUGCUGAAGCCUCAUGGACACACCACGGCCCGGGACUGCGGCUGCUGCAGCUGACCCAACAGCAAGGACGGAGCAUGGGGACAGGUGGCGUGGUCGACAUGCCGGACAAGACGCUGGGGAAGGCACGUAAGCUGGCGUUGGCAGUGGGCGCACUCGCGGGCGCGUUCGGCAGCCUGGUUGGCGUGGGGGGCGGCGUGCUCAUCUCGCCCAUAAUCGCCAAUAUUUGCAAAACUAUUCCGCAACGAGUCAUCUCUGGCACAUCCCUCGCUGCCGUCGCCGCCACCGGCAGCGCCGCCGGCUUCGUCUACUGGUCCAGCGGCGCCGUCGACCUGACGUCGGCGGCGCUCAUAUCUGCCUCCGCCAUCGCCACCGUCCCAUUGGGUGCCCGCGCCACACACGUGUUCGACUGCGCCAUGUUGCGUCGCCUUCUGGCCUACUGGCUGUUUCUCGUGGCGCCGUUGGUGCCCCUGAAACCCUACAUCCAACAGAAUUUCGCUGGCAAGGGCAUGCCGGCGCCUGCCGGUGGCGGCAGCGGCUCCGCUGCCGCCGACGACGACGAUGGUGCUGACGCGCCGUCGGCGCCAGAUUCGCCGGCGAUGCUGUGGCGGCCUCUGCGCGGCAGCGAUGCCGUAUUGAUGGCGACGGGGACGCUAGCGGGUUUUGCGUCGGGGCUCCUGGGCAUUGGCGGCGGGACAAUCGUGACGCCGCUCCUGACGGUGGCCACAGGCCUCCCGCAGCUUGCCGUACUUGGUACGUCACUAACCGCCAUGGUCGUACCUUCUCUGGUUGGUCUGAUGCAGCAUGCCAGGUUGGGCAACGUGGACUGGGUCAUGGCGGCAGCGCUGGCUGCGGGCACGAUGGCAGGCGGGGCUGCCGGGGGAAGGCUGGCUUUGGAAAUGCCGGAGGGGGUGCUGGAGUGGGUAUUUUGCUUCGGGAUGUUGUUUCUUGCACGUAAGACGCUGGCAGUGCAGCAGGUGCCGGCCCUCAACUCCAUAGCGGCAGCCGCAGCCGCGACCCACUUGGCUCCCAUGACCUCCGGAGCCCUCGGCCCAGUCCCAGCCCCGAUCUCAGCACCGCUAUUCAAGGCCAGCUCCCACGUCCACGCAUCCUGCCCUGGAGCAUUUCCCGGCGCCUCCAACCGCGGUUGCCAGUCAAUGCCUCCGGGGGACGGCAUGCAGAUCUUCUUGACCGUCGACUCAGGACGGCCCUGGGGUGUUCAGUGUCUGCCACAGGAGGGACCUGCCACCGCGCACACCGCAGCCGCGGCCGGCGGCGACAGCCAGCGGCCCUUGGUAGCUAAGGGCCGGGUGCUUGGCAAUUCAGCAGCCGUGGCGGCAGCAGUAGCGCAGCAGCGAGAGUUGGGCUUUGGCUUGAAUGAGCCGACGCAUCUGGGCUCCGGGAUGCGAAGCAGCUCACGAGAGCAAGAUGAGGAAGGGACGGGCUGCCUGGUGCAGCAAGCGAUUCGCCACCAGCAGCAGCACCACCAGAGCGGAGGACGCCUUCGGGGUGCGCAUGGCGAUGCUUAUGAUGGCGACAACUUUGCACAGCAGAUGGUGCACUUGCAUCAGAACGCCUGGCGCGAAGAAGUUGCUGCUGCUCCAGAUGUUGGGCCAUUGGUUAUCGGCGAGCCGUGGCAGGCGUUCGAACCGGGGCACGGCACCAGUGCCUCCUCCGUGGCCGUGGCCGCGGGCGCAACAGCCGUGUUGCCGGGGUCUGCAGGUGGUGGGGGUAACGCCCAGGAUCCCAGGGCGAUCACAAGCGUCCCUUCACAGAUGGCUUUCAGUGCGGCACACACAUCCAGUCUUCCCGACCGUUCCGACCUCCGCGAGCAAAGAGAACAACCAAUCUGGGAUCCACUGGGAGCGCCACGUUGCCAUCACUGCCAACAACAGGUACAGCAGCAGCAGCAGCAGCAGCGGUUGCGACAGCUACGUGAGCUGGAAGAGCAAUGCCAAGCCGGACAGCACCAGCAUAUGCAGAUGCAGCAGGCGCUCCUGGACUUGAACCUUCAUCGCAAGCAGGGGAGCUUCGGGCCUCCCAUCAGCCAGCAGCUACAGCAGCAGCUACAACACCAGUUACAACCACAGCAGCUACCAGGUCUACUCACGAUACAAGAGCUGCUAGACCCACUUCCGGGGCUGCAGCAACAGGAGCAGCAGCAGCUGACCUGGCAGGGUCUGCUGGGGCCAGGACAGCAACAGGAAGGAGCUGGAAGCUUCCAUGCGCAUGCUCCCGCCGCCCAAGCUUCAUCCCCUCCGCCCAGGCUUUUUGCGAGCGGCAGCUCCGGAUGCGCAGCCAUGGCGGCGGCGGCGGCGGCGGGAGCUGGUGCUGGAACAGCCGGUGCCGCCACGGGCGUUCAUUCCCAGCCUUUGGCCUCCCUUUGUCAAGGUUAUUGUCGCUCCCAGCCCUACGGACUGUGUCGUAGCGUCAGCGGUUUCCCAACCAGCGGUGGCUUCAGCGGCGACGGUGGCGGAGGUGACGGCGGCGGUGAGGAGGCCUUUGCGGAUAUCAUUUCAGAGGACGUUAUGGAGGUUUCGAAUCCGGCGGUGACAACAGCCCGUCAUCCGUAUCAAGGUAUUUGUUUGGCGCCGAUGUCGACAGCAGUAGGGGCCAGGGACCGUACGGCAUUGCGCUUUUCGGAUCACGGCAUUGUGCACGACAUCCGUGGCCGCGGCCGCGGUGACGUCGCAGCAGGCGGCGGCUCAGGCGCGACAAAGCGCGGGCGGAUUGAGCUGCUGUUCCGAAGUGUGGAUGGAAGCCGCGAUAGGGAUAGGGAUAGGGAGUCUUGA